UGGAAAAUGCAUGUAUCAUACCACAGCAGCAGCCACUUCACUGUCACUCAAUAGAAUUUGACCCAAAAGAAAAAUAAAAAAAUGCUAAAAAGUAUCCAUCUCCGGGCUCCAAAUUCGAUCCUCCCAUCACGCCAACUUUCUCCUCCGUCGCCAAAUAAACAACUCUCUGCUCGGAUCGUCAUCGCAGCUCCCUCCACCGGACAGCAAGCGCCUUCAAUUUCCUUGCGAAAUUACCCUCCUGCCCGCCCUUCUCUCCGUUGCUCUGCUGGCGGAAGUGACUCGCAAAAUCAGAAAAUGGCCGCUCAAGACGACAAAGAUAAUCGUAUAGAGCGAAUUUCCUCUUCAAUCAGAGUUAUUCCUGACUUUCCUAAACCAGGGAUUUUGUUUCAAGAUAUAACUACUUUGCUUUUGGAUACAAAGGCGUUUAAGGAUACAAUUGAUUUGUUUGUGGAGAGGUACAAAGAGAGAGACAUUUCUGUUGUUGCAGGUAUUGAAGCUAGAGGUUUUAUAUUUGGUCCUCCUAUUGCAUUGGCUAUUGGGGCAAAGUUCGUCCCUAUGAGAAAACCUAAUAAGUUGCCUGGGGAGGUUGUUUCGGAAGAGUACUCAUUGGAAUAUGGAACAGACAAAAUGGAAAUGCAUGUAGGUGCUGUACAAGCAGGAGAGCGUGCUUUGGUUAUAGACGAUCUCAUUGCAACUGGUGGGACCUUAUGUGCUGCAAUCAGACUUCUUGAGCGUGUUGGGGUAGAAGUUGUUGAAUGUGCUUGUGUCAUUGAAUUGCCAGAGCUGAAGGGUCGGGAAAGGUUAGGACAGACACCGCUGUUUGUUCUUGUAAGCUCUGCUUGAUUUUCUCUUUGGUAGCAACCUGUUUCUACAGGUGUCUGGUUGCUGGAGCUCUACUGAAGAUCUGAAACUUGGAAACGAGAUGAUUCAGGCUAAGUGAACUUGGAAAUAAAGGAUAGGACACAGUAUGAGGACUCAAUUUUUAUACCUCUUCUUUUAUUUGGUUGAUUGCAUGAGCCCUAAUUUAAUUGUUGUUGGGUUUGCUGUUGGGGAAUGACUGGUUUCCAUUAUGCAUCGAAUGUCAUUUGCACCUCACUGAGUUGUUGCAUCUCGGUGGGUGGACAUGAAUAUCACGAUAGCACCAAUGUCGGCCAUAUAGGAUACAAAGGCAUGCCCCUACUUUUGCCUGUCUGCCUGUAUGAUUUUCUACGUCAGAGUUGUACGAAUAUGGAUGCAAAAGAUUCUGUAUUGAUGACUUAUUCGUUCUAAUGUGUUUUGAGGUUUUGAAUCUCUUUCUUUUA